AUGCCGCGCCGGGCGCCGCGCUGCUCGGGCCACUGAGCGCCUCCCGCGCCUGCCGCGCCGCCUCGCAGCCAUGACGGUGGAGUUCGAGGACUGCAUCAAGGACUCGCCGCGCUUCAGGGCCACCAUCGAUGAGGUGGAGACAGAUGUGGUCGAGAUCGAGGCCAAGCUGGACAAGUUGGCCAAGCUGUGCAGCGGCAUGAUCGAGGCGGGCAAGGCCUAUGUCGCAACCAACAGGCUGUUUGUCAGCGGCAUCCGGGACCUGUCCCAGCAGUGCCAGGGCGACACCGUCAUCUUGGAGUGUCUGCAGAGAUUUGGGGACAGUCUCCAGGAAAUGGUCAACUACCACAUGAUCCUGUUUGACCAGGCCCAGAGGUCUGUGCAGCAGCCUCUCCAGAGCUUCGUGAAGGAGGACGUCCGCAAGUUCAAGGAGACCAAGAAGCAGUUUGACCGCGUGCGGGAGGACAUGGAGCUGGCCCUCGUCCGCAACGCGCAGGCGCCCCGGCACCGGCCCCACGAGGUGGAGGAGGCCACGGGGGCGCUGACCCUCGCCCGCAAGUGCUUCCGCCACCUGGCCCUGGACUACGUCCUUCAGAUCAACGUCCUGCAGGCCAAGAAGAAGUUCGAGAUCCUGGACUCAAUGCUGUCUUUCAUGCACGCCCAGUGCGGCUUCUUCCAGCAGGGCUACACGCUGCUGCAACAGCUCCAGCCCUACAUGAAGAAGCUGGCAUCCGAGCUGGACCAACUGGUGAUUGAUGCGGCAGUGGAGAAGCGAGACAUGGAGCACAAGCACGCGGCCAUCCAGCAGCGGACCCUGCUCCAGGACUUCUCAACGGAGGAGCCCAAAGCGGAGUUUGAUGUGGACGCACCCCACGGGGUGGUGAUGGAGGGUUACCUCUUCAAGAGAGCCAGCAAUGCCUUCAAGACGUGGAACCGCCGCUGGUUCUCCAUUCAGAACAGCCAGCUGGUUUACCAGAAGAAGCUCAAGGACGCGCUGACCGUGGUGGUGGACGACCUGCGCCUGUGCUCCGUGAAGCCCUGUGAGGACAUCGAGCGGCGCUUCUGCUUCGAGGUGGUCUCCCCCACCAAGAGCUGCAUGCUGCAGGCCGACUCGGAGAAGCUGCGGCAGGCCUGGGUGCGCGCGGUGCAGGCCAGCAUCGCCUCCGCCUACCGGGAGAGCCCGGACAGCUGCUUCAGCGAGCGGCUGGACCGCACCGCGUCGCCGUCCACCAGCAGCAUCGACUCGGCCUCAGACAGCCGCGAGCGCAGCGCCAAGGGGGAGAGUGUCCUGAAGCGGGUGCAGAGCGUGGCCGGCAACAGCCAGUGCGGGGACUGCGGCCAGCCCGACCCACGCUGGGCCAGCAUCAACCUGGGGGUGCUGCUCUGCAUCGAGUGCUCGGGGAUCCACAGGAGCUUGGGUGUCCACUGUUCCAAGGUGCGGUCCCUGACACUGGACUCCUGGGAACCUGAGCUACUGAAGCUCAUGUGCGAGCUCGGGAACAGCACCGUGAACGGGAUCUAUGAGGCCCAGUGCGAGGGCCCGGGCAGCAGGAAGCCCACAGCCAGCAGUCCCAGGCAGGACAAGGAGGCCUGGAUCAAGGACAAGUACGUGGAGAAGAAGUUUCUGCGGAAGCCGCCUUCGACGCCAGCUCGCGAUGCCCCUCGACGCUGGAGGGCCCAGACCUGCAGCCGCCAGCGCUGCUCCCCGCGGGCCCCCACAGCACGCCGCAAGGUCCGGCUGGAGCCAGGCCUGCCCGCGGUGGCCGCUCUGUCCUCAGCAGCAGCCAUGGAGCAGCGGUUCCGCCGGGAUUCGCUCUUCUGCCCUGAUGAACUGGACUCCCUCUUCUCCUACUUCGACGCAGGGGCUGCAGCGGCAGGUCCCCGGAGUCUGAGCAGCGACAGCGGACUUGGGGGCAGCUCCGACGGCAGCUCGGACAUCCUGGCUUGCACUGGCUCCGUGGUGGAAAGUGUCACUCUGGCGGAGGGCGCAGAGUCGGACGAGUCCAGCGGGGAGGCCGAGGCCGAUGCAGACGGAGACGCGGACACCUGGGCCCUGGCGGACGUGCGUGAGCUGCACCCGGGGCUCCUAGCGCACCGCGCGGCUCGCACCCGGGACCUCCCGGCUCUGGCCGCUGCUCUGGCCCACGGGGCUGAGGUCAACUGGGCUGACGCGGAAGACGAGGGCAAGACGCCGCUGGUGCAGGCCGUGCUGGGGGGCUCCCUGGUCGUGUGCGAAUUCCUGCUGCAAAACGGAGCCGAUGUGAACCAAAGAGACAGCCGGGGCCGCGCCCCCCUGCACCACGCCACGCUGCUGGGCCACACCGGCCAGGUGUGCCUGUUCCUCAAGAGGGGCGCUGACCAGCACGCCCUGGACGACAGCCAGCAGGACCCGCUGAGCAUCGCCGUGCAGGAAGCCAACGCAGACAUCGUCACCCUGCUCCGUCUGGCUCGCAUGGCCGAGGAGAUGCGCGAGGCCGAGGCGCCCCCGGGCCAGCCGGGCGCCCUGAGCGGCAGCAGCCCCACGGAGCUCCAGUACCGCAGGUGCAUUCAGGAGUUCAUCGGGCUGCACCUGGAGGACAGCUAGGCCGGCCUGCCGCUC